UUACUUUAUCGAAUUUGUACUUCUGAAGACAUUUAUCAACCGUUUUAUACACAAUCUUUAGGAUAUAUUUCGAGGAUUCAUUGUCGGACUUGUAUUCACUGCAGGUGGAUUUGGACUGGAAACAACAUGAGCCGGCGUGAGCAAGAUGAUAAUCUGAAGUGAUGCUGGUUCGUUAUACUCGACACAGAUGAAAAAUUCUGAUAUGUUGCCUAUUUAUCAGUGGUUAUGAAAAUUGGAAGGAAUUGUUUAAUCGGAUAUUCAACAAAGUGCCAAAAUUAUAAGGUUGAUAAAAGAUAGCCUGAGAGAUGGACAAAUUAUUUUUAGUAUUUUCAACGCUCUUUUGUUUGUCACGAGCUGGACUCAACGGCAACAAAGACUGCGUUCUGUACCUAGGCUUUGACCGCUACAUCGGAAGUCAUAUUUUAGACAAUUCUAUGGAGAACAAUAAUGCAACAUUAAAUCAUGGUGCAACGGUUACCAAGGUUGAAGGAAGUUGUGGAGUAUGUGCUCAGCUUUUAGGUGGAAACAUUAAUAUACAAGGCAAAGGGUUUCGAGGAAUUCCUCAGUCAGAAGUUACAAUAGCAUUCAUGAUCAAGUUGUUACGAGUUAAUGGAUUAUUGCAUCUGUUUGAAACCAUUGGUGGUCAUUCUAAGCACCAAAAACUGCAAUACCGUUUGGAAGUUCAAGAUGGGAAAUUAAUUUGGUUUCAUCGCAAUUCAUUGGGAAACACAUUGUUCAGUGUUGCUACGGAUGAGCCAGUACUGACCGCAGGUGCCUGGAAUCAUGUUUUAGUGACAUAUACUGUAGUAACAGGAACCGCUCAGGUAUUUAUUAAUGGUGCACUAACGAAAGAAGUUGUCAAGGACCCGGGCGUACCAUUAUCUACUGAUUGGGAGAAAUACGUUGGUAUCGGUUCUGAGGAAGGAGAGAAAGACUUGCGUGGAUAUAUCGAUGAAUUCUAUAUUUUCAAUAAAACGUUAAAAGAAAUGGAAAUUAAGAACCUCAUGUCAAAAUGCAGUGGAGCGAAAAGCAGCGUCAUACUUCAUCUAGCGUUUGAGAAAGAUAUGGGAAAUGUUUCGUUGGACACGUCUGGACUGAAAAACGAUGCUUCUAUCAUGGGUAUCACCCCUCUGAUGCCCUCAUUAGCUGUCAAUGGUACCUGUGGUAUGGGCUUAAAGGUUCCAAGUAACACAGGAAUUAUCAAACUGGAUGGUAAGACUAUUCGAAACAAGCCAACAGACGCUGUUACUAUUGCCCUCUGGGCGAACUUUACGACCGUUGAAGGCAGACAUACACUGUUUGAGACCAUUGGAGGACAUUCUAUGCAUUCGAAGAACCAGUAUGAACUAAGUGUGAAUGAUGGGUCCGUUUUAUGGAGACAUCGAAAUGAAUAUGAUCAAAUUGUGUUUGAAGUGAAGUCAGGAGCCAUGAUAUUGCCACGAAACUGGGUUCACUUCGCAGCGACGUACUCUUCAACAAGCAGCAAAGCAGGGAUAUAUAUCAAUGGGGUAUUGGUCAAGGAAGCUCCUGGGACGGGAUCACUCUCAGAGGACUGGGACGGACAAGCAGGUUUUGGGAUGCACACGGGGUUAGCCGGGGAUAUGCUGUAUAUUGAUGAGAUAAUGGCGUACAAUCGCGCACUAACGCCAUUUGAAGUUAAAAACCUGUUUGGUAAAUGUAACUUUGGUGGGAAUAGUGGAGGCAGCAAAGGUUUCCAAUUGGUGUACUAUAGUUUUGAAAGGCAAUCUGGUAAUAUUGUGUUUGAUGAUUCUGGUAAUAGCAUCGAUGCUUCAGUUAGCAGUCUAGCGCAGGUCACAAAAGCAAGUGGGAAUUGUGGUAGUGGACUUCGCUUAAACCAAGGUGACAUAAGCAUAAAGGGAUCAGCGAUGAUACGGCGUCCAUUGUUCGGUAUCACCGUCAUGUUAUGGUUGAAGCUAGACAACAUCCAAGGGGAUCAAGAAAUAUUCAUGACUACGAAUCCUAAGAAUCCUGGAAAUAAACACGGUCAAUAUCAUUUCCAAAUCAAUGCAGGGUCCGUCAGAUGGUUUCAUAGAAACACAAUGUCACAAACAAUUUUUAGCGUUGAAACUAAAGAAGCAAUUAUUCAGCCCGGUGUAUGGACACAUGUCUGUGCGACGUACGAUGUCAGGACUCGUAAAGCUGAGAUAUAUAUCAAUGGUCAGCUGAAGAAUUCCCAAACCAGUCUUGGGGGUGGAGCUUUAUCACAGGACUGGAGUGGCAAAGUCGUGAUUGGUAAACUGUAUGACAUGUCGGACAGCGGUCAAUGGAUCGAAAGUCAACCACUACUUGGUAUUAUCGACGAAUUUUACAUUUUUGGCAAAGCACUGCCUGCCGCUGAGAUUCAGUCUCUCAGCCAAACGUGUAACUCGCAUCGAGUUGUACUGCAUUUUGGAUUUGAGAAAGGCCAAGGACUUUUCACCCUGGACCAGUCGGGGCUAGGCAAUAAUGGCAAACUGGUAAAUUUAACUCUUUCGGAUAUGCCAGGUAUUUGUGGACUGGGUAUGAACAUGAGUCACGGUGAGAUCGACAUCGAUGGUCAGCGGUUCAAAGGGAAACCUUUGAACGCAAUCACGUUAGCUACAUGGAUGAAGUUAAAUACAAACAGGGGUCACCACCAGCUUUUCAACACCAUUGGCAGUCGUUCUGAGCAUAAAGACGAUCAGUACAAUUUUGCUAUUGACAACGGCAAAGUUAUCUGGUCGCACAAUGACGAGAAAGGCAAAUCUAUUUUUAGAAUAGAGACUAUACCCAUAAUUCCCGCGCGAAAUUGGACACACGUGACUGCAACAUAUGACUCAACGUCAAUGCUCGCCAAGGUUUACACUGGUGGGAAAUUAAUUAAAGAAAAAUCCGGCACGGGACUCUUAUCCCAGGAUUGGGGACAUUUUGCCGGUAUUGGUCGCCAUUUUUACGAAAAGGAGUACCUGAAUGGCGCCACAGACGAAUUUUUAAUGUAUAACUACGCUCUUUCCGACAGUGAGAUUCAGUAUCUUGCUAAGGCAAACUGUGGAAAGUAAAAAUCGCAUACAGUAGAUCUAUAUUAGCCAGUAUGUCUUAGAAGAAUGCGCUUCUAUCAACGAAAUUCUGCGUCGCUCACAUAGGAAGUCCCUCUAGUCCCAUCCAAUUCUAUUUUAGACUAAAGGCUGUUUCUAUAUAAUGAAAUGUUUUGAGGACUAUCAUUGUAAUCAGGGAAGCCGGAACGAUGCAAAGGCAGGAGGGGAAGAUUUUUGCGAAAGCGUACUGCUGUACUGCCGCAUACCAGAUAUUUGCAAAACACCGUCUGUGACUCUGUGUAACUUAGCUUUUCUUGAAUCUCGUUGGCAGCACUUCUAGCGUUGCACAAAGCAGAUUUCAUGGUUGGGUAAAAGCAAGGGGGAGCUUCCCACCCCUGGUUCGCGCGAGAAACAUUAGCUACGGUAUUAAUUUAAUGUAGCCAGGAAACAUUUAUUAGCGAGGUUCAGAUUUGACUUCGACUAAGGGAAAGAAGUCAAUCCGAACCAGGUCAGCGAGAGGCAGAACAAAGUUUAAAUUCUGGACCUGAAUAUUAUCGUUUUGCAACGAAAUUCAAAAAGGUAAAAUUGGGUAGGCCUUUAGUAGGUAAUGUGAGUUUUAAUGCUGGCAGAAAACUCAAAGAUCUUUACCAUCGAAUAUUAAGAUGGCUGUUUAUAACAGUAUAUAUUCUUUAAUGAUUGUAUAUUAUACUUCGCCUGGGUAAUUCACAUUGUUGGGCCAUUUGGAGAUCUUUUGUCAUUUGCUUGUGUAUAUAUUGUUUUUGUAGUAUGCAGUAAGUUUAUAGAAAUGAAUAAAAAUGAAUUAAUGAAUUGAAAAUAUCAGCGCUCCAAGAAGAAAUUUAAAGUCUAGUCUGAUAAGUCUAUCUGAUUAGCCUUUCUCGCGAUGGCGUUUUUGGGGGUACUUUCAAAUUUCUCAAAUGAGUUUAAAAAUUAUAACAACAUGAAGUUUUCACAUGUAAAGAAUGGAAAACAUCGAAGAAAUGAAAUAUGGAUGACAAUGCAACUUUUACAAAAAGUGAUGUGACCGACAUAAAAUAACAUAGUUGAGUUUUUAUUAAUAGCUUUAAAAUUGUAAAUAAUCUAAAUAAAAUCAUUCACCCUUGAUUAUAUACAAAUUUAAGUUCCGCUUUGGGUGUUGUAAGACAGCAGAAGUUAGUUACGAACGUAGCUAAGUUACGAACAUUUAUACAUUAACAUACAAGAUUGACAUAUUUAUUGGAAAUAUUUUCUUAAUAAAAUCAUUUU